AUGGAUUUGUCUAGAAUCAAUGUCGGCAAAGAGGUAGACUCGCUAUGCUACACGUGCAGGCAUGAGUCAAUCGUAUGUGAUUAUUGGUGUGAAAAAUGUUGCAUAGCCUACCACAAAGAAUGUCUUGAACCUCCACGUCAGAUCAAAGUUCUAUAUCAUCCGAAACAUCCUCUCCAACUUCAUUGCUUAUCUGUAUAUGAUGGAAGGGACCACAUGAUCAUGUGUAAUUGCUGUGGAGAAUGUUCUAAUGACGAUGGUUUAUAUUACUGUUGUUCUAUAUGUAAUUUUAAUUUGCAUACCGUUUGUGCGAUAAAACAAAAUAUCCUCUCCAUAAACCACCCAAAAAGACAUGACCAUACCCUCAUCUACUUUCCUAGAAAAAACUCUCUAGUUUGUGAUAUUUGUGCAUUGGGUGAUGACAAGUGUUUCAUCUAUAUCUGUUACCAAUGUGACUUUGUCGUUCAUAAGUUGUGUCUCAACCUACCAACCACAAUCAGAAUAUCCCGUCAUGAUCACCGUCUCUCUUUCACUCCGAGUCUUUCUAACGAGGAUUGGUCUUGUGGAGUUUGUCGCAAAACAGUGGACAAAAACUAUGGGGAAUACUCUUGCGUGAAGGGUUGCGAUUAUGCUGUUCAUUCUAAAUGCGCAACACGAAGAGAUUUGUGGGACGGUAAAGAACUUGAAGGAGAGCCUGAAAUUGAGUAUGAAGAGCUUAAGACUUUCGAAGAGAUAGGUGAUGGAAUUAUACAGCAUUUCAGUCAUCCAAAACAUCACAUGAAGCUGGAAAAAGAAAGUGAUAAAGUAGAUGACGAAAAAUGGUGUCAAGCAUGCAUUCUUCCAAUCUACGAAGAGAAGGUUUCAAUAAUGGAGGAUUGCUCGAGGAAGGCAGUCCCGACAGAUGUUACGACGGAGAAGAGGACUCUUCGUUACGCCUCUUUCGGUGGUCCUUUCCUUCCAACUGGUCCUUCUCCAAGCGAUGAGUCGAGAGGGUUCUCUCACCGCCGCUAA